GAAUGGCUUCUGGUUUUUUGAAAUGUAAAUAAACCAAUCUAUUAUCUAAACAUGGAUGUUAUAGUCCGCCGCUGUCCAUUCCUGGCUCGUGUGCCCCAGGCUUUCAUGCAGCAGCCCAGGAAUUCGCUGGUGAUGUAUGCCCAGCGAUGCCCUAUUAUGAUGGAGCUGGCCUCCAAACCAAUGGCCCCGUCUUUGGCGCGGGCGCUCUGCUCAUCUUCCUCCCAUCACCAGAAUACUGAAAACAAUUCAACUGAAAGCACCAAACCAGAGGUGGAAAUGCCUACUGGCCACUCAAAGGUUCUGGCUUCUAGUCAGGCUAUGGCCUCCAAAUGCCCCUUCCUGGCUGCGGAAAUGAGCCAGAAGAACAGCAGUGUUGUUCGCCAGGUGGGCCUGGAGUUCCAAGAGGAUGUUCAGGAAGUCCGCACUGUUCAGAAAGAAGUGUCGCCUGAGCAGCUGAAGAAGCCGUCCAGCAGCGAAAGUCUUAUGAAGUCACUCCUAAAACAGCGCCCUAAGAUGGUUUCCCACUUGUUGCAGGACAACUUGCCAAGCAACUUGUCUCGCUUUCACUACGAUGAGUUUUUCGAGAAGAAGAUCGAAGAGAAAAAGAGUGACCACACAUACCGCGUGUUCAAGACUGUGAACCGCCUUGCUAAUGAGUUCCCCAUGGCCGACGACUUCACGGGUUCUCUGGAAGAGAAGAGAGAGGUGUCGGUGUGGUGUAGCAAUGACUACCUGGGCAUGAGUCGACAUCCUAGGGUCGUGCAGUCAAUCAUGGAAACACUGCGAAAGCAUGGCUCAGGAGCGGGAGGCACUCGGAACAUCUCUGGGACCAGCAAGUUCCAUGUGGAACUAGAACAGGAGCUGGCCGACCUCCACAAAAAGGAUGCGGCACUGCUCUUCACUUCCUGCUUUGUGGCCAAUGACUCAACACUAUUUUCCCUGGCCAAAAUGCUGCCAGGUUGCGAGAUCUAUUCUGACGCGGGAAACCACGCAUCAAUGAUUCAAGGGAUCCGGAACAGUGGCGCUAAGAAGUUCAUUUUCCGACAUAACGAUGUCGCUCACCUCCGAGAGAUGUUGCUGAAAGGAGAUCCCACCAAGCCCAAGAUUGUUGCCUUUGAGACUGUCCAUUCCAUGGAUGGUGCCGUUUGUCCCCUGGAGGAGAUGUGUGAUCUCGCCCACGAAUUUGGCGCCAUCACAUUCAUCGACGAGGUUCACGCCGUGGGUCUAUACGGCGCCAGGGGAGGCGGUAUAGGAGACCGUGAUGGCGUCAUGCACAAGAUGGAUAUCAUCUCUGGGACACUAGGUAAAGCUUUCGGCUGCGUCGGUGGCUACAUCGCCAGCACCGCUGCCCUGGUGGACACUGUGCGCUCGUACGCUGCCGGCUUCAUCUUUACUACCUCGCUGCCACCGAUGCUGCUCUCCGGCGCCCGGCAGUCUAUUCAGGUGCUUAAAGGAGAAGAGGGUCGUGCGCUGAGACGUAAACACCAGCGCAACGUCAAGUUGCUCCGACAAAUGCUGAUGGACGCCGGGCUGCCUGUGGUGCACUGCCCCAGCCACAUCAUCCCAAUACGGGUGUCUGACGCCGAGAAAAACACAGAGGUGUGUGACCUCAUGAUGAGUCGCCACAAUAUCUACGUACAGGCCAUCAAUUAUCCCACUGUGGCCAAAGGGGAUGAGCUUCUGCGUAUUGCUCCAACACCUCACCACACCCCUGAGAUGAUGAAAUACUUUGUUGAGAGGCUGGUGCAAACGUGGAAGGAGGUCGGUCUGGAGCUGAAACCCCACUCGUCAGUCGAGUGCACCUUCUGUCAGCAGCCUCUGCACUUUGAGCUGAUGAGCGAGAGAGAGAAGUCUUACUUUAACGGCCUCAGCCACCCAAUCUCAGCCUGCGCAUAA